GCGCACGAGUAUCGACGAAGCACCAAAAUUACAUGUUUGUAACCGUCCAAUACCUAAGCUUCUUUUAAAGGCUUUAAAAGACUCUACGACAAGUGAUACAAACAAAGCUGCAAUGCAACCGAGUAUGAAAAUCAGGAACAAAUGCGCACUUAUGAUACGUACAAACAAAAAAUUGUUUAUAAGGGUUCUAAUAUGUUUCGUAUUGAAGUACCUGACCUUGCUGAUGAUAAACCCCGUGUUACUAUAAAUGACAAAAUUAAGUUGAUUCAUUCUCAAAAUAGGAAGGCCUGCUAUGGUAUUGUUGUAAGCAAGGGUCAGAAACAUGUGGAUGUGAAAAUUAAGCAGAAGUGGUUCUUAAAGAGAUUUAAUGGAGAAGACCUGUAUGACAUUAGAUUUUGUUUUCAUAACUAUUCUUUGCAAUGUGGACAUUAUGCAAUUCAAUUAAUCAAUGAAUAUCAGUUGACACCGCUGUUGUUUCCUGAAAACAAACUAAACUACAACAAACCUAAAAAUGACGUGUAUUGCAUUAUUACAAGAAAUCUUCGAUGGUUCAAUCCUGACAUAGAGCAGAAUGAUCAGCAAAAACAAGCCAUUCUAAAUAUUAUGGGUCGAACGGCACAUCCUGCGCCAUACAUCCUGUUUGGUCCUCCUGGCACUGGAAAAACGGCGACCCUAGUGGAAACAGUCUGUCAGAUUUGGGAUAACAUGGCAUCCAGUCAUAUUUUAAUUUGUACACCAUCCAAUACAGCUGCAGAUGAAAUAACGAAAAGGCUGGUGAAAUUUGUUCCUCCUCACGAGAUAUAUCGUAUGAAUUCACCUACCAGACAGUCGAUAGACAUAGACCACAGCAUAUGCGAUUGUACAAACUUUGUCGAAGGAGAAACAGUCUUCUUACCAAAAGACAUGAUAAUGCUCAAGAAGAUUGUUAUCGUCACAUUGAUAUCCUGCAUACGACUGCUAUCGCUGAAACUCUGGGAGAGUCAUUUUGCGUACGUGUUCAUCGACGAAGCAGGUCAGGCAACAGAAGUGGAGAGUCUAAUUCCUCUGUGCUUAAUGAGCAGCAAGGACGACGGCCACAUAGGAAAAUUACAGGGUCAACUGAUUAUGUCAGGUGAUCCGCAGCAGCUGGGGCCCGUUAUAGUGUCGAACAGAGCCCGACCACUUCUUGGACAGUCAAUGCUCGAACGCCUGAUGAAACGACCACUUUAUCGGAAGAACAAGGAUGGCAGUUAUGAUUCGCGUUACAUCACAAAACUGUUAAAAAAUUAUAGGAGUCACGAUAGCAUUCUGCAAAUUCCUAACAAGCUCUUCUACGAGGACGAACUGUUGACUUGUGCUGGCGACGCCACGAAUCAGGGCAUUGGUUGGCGAUAUUUGCCAAAUAAAAAGUUUCCGAUUAUCUUCCACGCUGUUUGCGGAGAGGAAAAGAGUAAACAAAAAUGUACCAGCAUUUGCAAUAUGGAGGAAGUGAAGAUUGUCGUGCAGUACGUCGAAAAAUUGUUGAAAUCCAUGCCGGGGACAACCAAGUUUGAGAAUAAGGUGUUCACAGAAAAAGAUAUUGCUGUUAUUACACCAUACAAAUUACAGGAGAAAAAAAUCGAGCAAGCUCUACAUAAGAUAUGCAUAAAUAAAAUUGCCGUGGGCACAGUCGAGAUGUUCCAGGGGCAGGAAAGAAAUGUAAUUAUUUUGUCAACAGUACGAUCGGUCAGUUGGGAAAAAAUACAUGCAAGUAAUAUUGGAUUUCUAACCAAUCCAAAGAGAUUCAACGUUGCUCUUACAAGGGCACAGGCUCUUCUCAUCGUAGUCGGAAACCCGUAUCUUCUCGGAAAAGACGAUAACUGGCAGUCUUUCAUUGGCUAUUGUCGAGAUAAUGGAGGCUAUCUGACUAGCAAGUCCGCGCGUGAUCAAAAUAAUUGUAAAAUUCAUCAAUUGAGUACACAAUAUGAAAGAAGGAAAAGAAGCAGGAAACCAACAUAUUUUCCAGUAGACAAAAAGUGUGCUGAUAAUGUGAAAAUUGCCAAAAAUUUUGAUAAGGAAGCAUCAAACAGUCAUAGUUCCGCGAGGUAUGAGGAGAAUGAGAAUUUUUCAAUGUUGCUAUUACAAAGCCAAUUGAAUGGGAAUAUGAACGGAUCGCCGAAAAUAUUCGGCACUGAGAGCAAUUUGAACGAGACAACGGUACACUCACUAAGUAACGGAGAAUCAUUGGAGGCUCAGAUUAUCAACAAGAUGCAUCAUCUAGCAUUGGCAGAUUAGAGAGACGCACAUAUAUAGUUAUCGGCUGCUAUAAAUAUAACCAACCAAUGCCAAAGGAGCUCAAACGUGGGCAUUUCACGUAGAAUCAAUGUGCCUUAAGUUUUAAUUUUUUUCUUUAUUUAAUAUUUUCUUCCUUCUGACUUUAAAAAAAAUAGAUUAUACACCUAUAGUGACGGAGUAAUGCACCAUUAGGACAACCAUUAUUCAUUGAUAUGGGCGCUCUCUGAUAAAAUAAUGUUACCAAUUUUCGAGAUAUGUUGAAGUAUAUUACAUAGUAUAAAGUUUGAUUAAACUUGGACCAAUGGGUUAUCAUCGGCAACUAACCCUUUCGCUACGGGCGGGUUCUCCGCCGUGGUACCUCGAGACUGUUUGUCGAGGCAUAUGGAUUGCUACGCAUUGAGUUAUUUCGGCUGUUAGAAACAAAUGAUGCAAAGUAAAAUACUAUCAAUGCAUGUCCAGAGUGAGAUACUUUUGCAGAACGGCUAGUCGCAAUAUCUCAGUAGCGUCUUAUGGAGGGCCACUAUAGUGACCCGUAGUACCUCAGUGACACUAUGGCGAGCUACUAUAGUGGCUUAUAGUAGUGCAAGGGCUAAAUAGAACCGACAUCUAAUUUUUUUUUAUGACACAAGCAAUUUACAAAUUGUUACUGCUUAAAUUAUCUUGUUUUCUUUGCAACAGGUUACUGCAAUACCUUUUUAAUUGUGACACAUAAGAAUACUAAUUUCUAGAGUUAUAUAACUUUUAGAAGCUUUAUGAAAUGACUGGAUCAUCGAAUUGUAAAAUAAAAUGUUUUAUAUUA